AUGCAAACUCAAUGGCACGGCAAUCAGACGCCCGGUCCGGACCCUCCCGCAGCCCGCAGCGCGCGGAGCCCACACAAUAUUUGCAAACACCGGACUGACUGCAAACGCGCGGGCCGCCUCGCGCCGAAGGAGUCGGCGCUGGGAGGUGCGCGGCAGAGCGCUGCAGUCCCGCAACCGGGGCUAGGGCGGCCGGGCCGGGGAACCCGGCCGGCCAGCGUCACCAGUUCGGUCGCCCGGCCGAGUCCUACGGUCCGGGUCACCCGACUAGGACCUGCCACCGCGCGAGUCCCUGUUCCGGCAAAGUACCCCUGCAGUCACGCCGCUUUCGGCCAGCUGCCCGGUCCCCUACUUCCCGCCGCCUUGUCCUUCUCCAUCCCACUGAUCCCCUCGAGUCUGGAGACCAGAUGUCCUGGCCACAGCAUGCACAGAGCAUAUUACCUCUGGAGACUGAAGGAUGUCUUCAUGUGCAGAUUGCAAGUCUCUAUUAGACAACUUUUGCUCAUGGGCAACCUCCAAUAUCUGCCUCCAGGAGGUCAUGAAGACUCAGAAUUACUCACUCUGGGGGAGGUCAGCUGCCAUACUGGGAGGACACUCAAGCAGCCCCAAGAAUAGAGGCCUCUGGCAGAGCCACAUGAGAUGUCUGCAGUGAGUUGGAUAAAGAUCAUAUAACUAGAUAACCAUAAGACACUGGAUUCCUGUCUAAAGAACAAUGUUUUGAUUUGACUCAACCACAGACCUGGUAGAGAUCCUGCUGUCUACAGAUCCUGAGUCAACAUGAGAGUUCAUUUUCAAUGAAAUGCUGCAAUGAUUCCCUUUGAAAUGUAUCAUUUUAAAUGCUACUAUGGGGGAUUUGUUAAAUAAAAGUUUUACAACAUAUAUGAAAAAAUGUGAUUUAUUUUCCUCAUGGAUGAUUUUGGGAGCCUUCCCCAACAACGCACUGGAAUCCUGUAACAUAUGAAUGCUAACAUGUCUUUGUAAAUCAGCUUCCUUUCUGAAUGAUCACAAUGGAACACACAGGCACGUAGAGUAAGGAAGCACAUAAGUCAGUGGUAUAUUUAGUAUUAUGAUGAAUGAGUUGACACAUGUAGAUAAAUUGCUACAGAAUCUUAUUCUAAGCAUGAUAUUAGCUUAUGAUAUUUGGGGAGAUGACCAGCUGUGCAAUUUUGUGAUGUCUUCAGCAACUUUGGUACUUUACAAAAAUUUGCAUGUAUUUUAUGAAUUCCAUUUAAAGGAUCUAAGGGUGACUUCCCUUCCUGAAGAAUCCUUGCAGGUCACCAGCUGUCAGUUUUGGAGACUGCCCUCUCUGAUCUUUGGACUUGAGUCUGAUAAGGAAAAAUGUAAAUUGACAAAAUUAAAUAAAUAUGUAUGAAGCUUUUGUUUGCCUAAA